CACCCCCAAUACAGCCCCUACCCCUUCUACCCCUUUUGGGGAUACUGAGGCUGAACGCAGGACCUGUGCACUGAGCUACAUGCCCAGCCCUUUUUAUUUUAUUUUAUUUUUUUUCAUUUUUUUAUUUUGAGGCAGGGUCUUGCUAAGUUGUCCAGGCUGGUCUCCAACUUUCCAUCCUCCUGCCUUCGCCUCCUAGAGGGCAAGCCUAGGACGCCAGCCUCCUCACGGCCGGCCGCGGGCCGCUUAGCUCAGCUGGGCCACUCCGCAGCCCGCCGCAGCCUUGCGCGCGCUGCCAACCCGAACCGGGCGCCUCCUGCGGGGGGCGCUGCACCUGGCCGUGCGAGCGACACCCAGAGCGCACCCGCGCCCCGCCCUGCCGCCCCGCCCAGGGAGGCAGCCGUGGGUCCCGGCCGGAGCCGCGGGCCAGAGCCGCGCCGGACCGCGAGGAGCUGGGUCGGUUCGGAGCCGCGCCCGCCCGCAUGGCCCUCGCCGCGCUGCUGCUGCCGCUGCUGGGGCUGCUCUUGCGCCCGCGCCCCGGAGCCGGAAUGGAAACUCCAAGUAUGCAGAAGCCCUCUGAAGUGACUGGCCACGUGGGCCAGAAUGUGACGCUACCCUGUUGGCUGGGGGCUCUGGAGCCAGGCAUACACGUGAGCCAGUUCACCUGGGAACACCAGCAGCCAGAGGGGUCUCUCCAGCCCGUAGCCACCUUUCACUAUGAUGGCAGAAGCGUUUCCAGGGAACCCAGGAGAAUGAGGUUCGUGGCUGCCAAGGCCGGCGGGAACCUGACAGAUGCCAGCCUGAUGCUGUCAGACCUGCGCGUUGAGGAUGGAGGGAUCUACAAAUGCAACAUAGCUACCUUCCCGCGGGGCACGAUCGUCAUCAAAACCCAGCUGCUGGUGUUGGCCUCGCCUCAGAACAGGGUGGAGCCGCGGCAGGUGUGGCCUCCACUGACUCCCGGGGAGCCCGUGCCUGUGGCCCUCUGUGCGUCCAAAAGGGGCUGGCCACCCGCCAAGCUCUCCUGGCACCUCGACGACUCGGCCCUGAAUGAGACGAUCAAAGAGAUCCAGGAGCAAAAGCAGGAGCCCUUGUCGGGCACAGUCAGCGUGACCAGCCUCCUGCUGAUGGUGCCCUCCAGGAGCACAGAUGGCAGGAGAGUCACUUGCAGAGUGGACCACGACACUCUGGCGGAGCCAGACCUGCUGCACGCCACCGUCUCCGUGCCCUAUCCGCCUGAGGUGUUCAUCUCUGGCUAUAAUGAAGACUGGUACCCUGGCCAAACAAAUGUCAACCUCAGCUGUGACAUCUACAGCAACCCAGAGCCUGUGACUGUGGUCUGGAACACGACCACGGGAACUCUGCCACGCUCUGCGGAGGUCCAGGGCCGGCAGCUUCUGUUCCACAACGUUGAGGAGUCCAUCCAUAACACCACGUUUACUUGCCUGGCCAUCAACACCAUGGGGACUGGCCAGUGGAAUCUGACCAUCCUGCUAAAAGCACCGCCGCCUGCCGGGGAGCCGUCAGCCCGCCAAAGAGCCAUCCUUCCCAUCUGCCUCGGUGUGUGCAGUGUGAUCGCGAUCGCGAUCGCGGCUUUGUUUCAUCUCCGACGCUGCAGGGCCCGCGAUCCGACCCAGUCCAGAUCCUCAAGGAACCCAGAUCGAAUUGAAAGAAUGGAACAAUUGAAUGAAUCAGAAGAGGGGGCCAUCUGUUUAACACAAGUCAAGAACACAGCAGAAGAGGACACAAGGUGACACAUCAGGACUGAGUGACAUAGGGGACUGGCUGACCCCACCGAAGUGGCUGAGGUGCUUCCAGAGGGACAGGCCACCUGUCCCACCAGAUGUCAAGCUCUGACUUUAUCUCGCAGGGGAUGGGGGGAGAGGGGGUGAGCAGCACACGAACUGAGCUCAAGGACACUGUCUACUCCUGGACACUGUGAAUCAUGACAGAGCAGUAAGGAUUAGAAUCAACCAGGUGGUGCACGCCUGUAAUCCCAGCACUCAGGAGGCUGAGGCAGGAGGAUUGUUAUGAGUUCAAGACCAGCCUGGGCUACAAAGUGAGCUCAAGGCCAACCUGAACUGCACAGCGAGACCCUGUCUCAAAAGACAGAGAAAAGAAUCAGCCACAGGACAAGCAGCACAGGGCAGAGGACGUGGGAGACCAGCACUACCUUCCAACUGCCUGUCCCAGAGGAGACAGCACCGACUCGCCCAGUGCUGGAGAACCCAAGAAAUCAGAGUGACCCACGGGGAACAAGUAUUUAUUUUCCAGGAUUUUAGAUGCACAUUGACCUAGCCAAACUCACGUUCCAAGUGUGCUGGGCAUUUGAACAAAGGGAAGUUUCUAGUUUUGUGCCUUUGGCUCAUGGGGGUGAUUUUUAGAAACUGGUAGAGGGAAAAGCGGGGGUACAGAACCAACACAGAGUAAUUAAUAAUCGUCUUUGUUACUUUUCUCAUUACUGUGACAAAAUACCUGAUGCCCAAAGUUAAGAGAGAAAAGGUUUAUUCAGUCCACAUUUGUAGAGAUGUCAGUCCAUAUUUGGCUGGCACAUGGCAGAGGGGCAUCAGUACUUGGUGGCAGAAGACAGCGAGAACAUCAAGAACAAAAAAGGGGAAAACAAGCCUCUUCUAUCUUCUCCAGACUGCUGGUACUAGGGCAGUACAAACCCUGUUGGUAGCCUGAUCCAGCAGUCCCUCAUAGUUAAUCCCAGCACUGCACUGUGAAUCAAUUACAAACUCUAGAUUCCAUUAGCUACCUCUGAAAAACUCACAUGAGGUUUUGGGGGACAUCUAGCCAUAACUAUAACAAUAACUUAGCCUUAAAAGAAGACAGAGCCUUACGAGUCCUGUGAGAACAAGAUAACAUAAAUUCUGCCUCCAGGACAUAGAUGCCAGCUUUUUUUUCCCAUUGUUAUUUAUUUAUUGAUUGAUUUUGUCUUUUUGAGACAAGGUGUCACUAUCCAGUUCAGGCUGACCUUGAACUCUCAGACUCUCAGGGAUCUUCCUGCCUCAGCCUCUCACAUGCUGGGAUUAUAGGCAUGCACCACCAUGCCUGCCCGUAGUUGCCAAUUUUUUUUUUUUUUUUUGUCUUUUUCCUUUUUAUCGGUACCAGGGAUCGAACCCACGACUGCCUGCUUGCUUGUGCCGCUGAGCUAAAUCUCCAGCCCCCUUAGUUGCCAAUUUUACCUGCACCAGAGCAAGAUAUUAUAGCUAAAGGGGAAGGGGUGAGCUCAAGGGGGCUUGAUCUUUAAAUCCUACUUAACUCCUCCCUUCAACGAUGUCUGUAAAUUUUAAGAGAGCAUCACUGUCACAACAGGGAAGGGAGCUGGCUUCCUAUUGGGUAGAGGGAGAAACGGUCCAUUAGUGUUACUGUGUCUCUAUGCUGAUUCUCAAGCUUCGGCCAUGGGUAGGCCAGUCAGCUUCCGGGGUGACCAGAGCAGGGCUGCCGUCUCUGGUAGCAGUGGGGGUGGACCAGAUUAUAGUCUGUGGCCCACCCCACAUGAGUUCUUUUAUUUCUAUCUUUUUAAUCAAAACAGAGUCCCCAGGUUGGAAUGGGUAUAUCAGGUCUGCAGGCUUAUGAGUGUUUUUUCCUUGUAUAGUUACAGAUGUCUUGCAAAGCUAUUUUUAAGUGUAUCUGUCCUUUUCUAGUUGACAGAGAUCACCCUUAGUUUACCCAUGUUUGGGGGAUGCCUGCUGAACUGGAUUUUAUAAGGGGAAUACUCUGUUUUGGUGGGCCUGUAUCAGACUCAGAGCAGGACUGGGCAGGACUUGGUCUCAUCCUGAUGAGUUUCUUAACAAUAUCUUUAAACAGUUGUUUGAGUCUCUGAUUUGUGGGCUCCAUUGUUCUUGAGCUCUUCGGCCAGUAAACCAUGGGAAGCUUUUAUUUUACCUUCGAUUAUUCUAUCUUACCCUGGGUGAGCUCCUGGACUGUCUUGGCUACAAAUGUGGGUCCACUAUUUGACCCCAAGGCCAGUGGUGGUCCAAAUCUAGAACGAUGUCUCUUGACCUCACCUUGGUCACCUCUUGUGCCUUUCCUGUUCGGGUGGGGAAAGUUCCACUCACACACAUCAGCAGCCAUGGGCUCAGGGCAGUUUAGUGAAGCCCACAGCCGCUCUUUACCUCGGGCAGCUCCUGUUUCCCCGGUGCCAGGGGGCCGGGUGAGCCCUUGUCUUCAUUUUGCACACAGGUCAAGCACUGUUUACAAACAGCCUGAGCCACUACAGUGCCUCGGGGCACACAGAAACAGUACUCUAGGGAUGCUUCCAGUGCUGUCUUUUCCACCUGCAACCCCAAUAGAAUUGUUUCAUGAGCCUGGGUCCCAGCGCUUCGGGGAUGAUUCGCCUCCCAUCAGGAAACUUCUAUUAUCCUUCCCCCAUAUAUAUUUUUUAACUUCUUGGCCAAAGCAGGCUUUUUUAUUAGAAGAGCAAUUUGGGGUCUCUGGGAAGGGCGGCUCUGUGAUGAGGGGCAUCGCCAGGGCCCCUCUUUGUUUUCCUCUUUUUCUACUGUUCCAGUUCUCCGGGGCGCCCUGUAGUACACAGUGACCGCUUUCCUAGAGGCCCCUCCAGCAUCUAGGGGCUGUAAAACUUUUUAUAAUUUAUCUCUUUUCCUGUGAGCAUCAGAAGCCUGCCUGUCUAUAUUCGGGUCAGUACAGAUGUUAAUCUUUUUGUCCUUUGCCAGCCAAAGAGCCCUUGAUAUCAGUCCACCCAUGAGAAGACAUGAGAAGUAAUGGCAUCUUCUGGGGUCCAUCAGGGUCAUAGCUGAGGUUGGCGUCUGAACCGUCAGUCAGCUCCUUAGCCGGCCUUAGCUUAGCAUCAGUGAGGUCUUAUGGCCUGGGUAUGAGGCCCUUUGAUUUGUCUAAGUGUCUUUCCCUGGUCAGCUUUGCAGGGGAGGAGGAGUUCCCUUCUCCCCACUUUGCUGGUUUAUCUGAAUGUAGUGGCUUUGUUUUUGGUUUUGGCUUUGACCCGUGUCAAGCUCUUCUGCCGUGUCACCUCCUCCUCCACGAGUAGCCGUGGCCUCCAAGUCUCACUGGCCUUUCGAUGCCAGCAUUGUAGGUGACCGGAGCCGCGGGAGACAGGAGACCAAACUCGAGCAGGAUCAGCUCUCAAACUUUAUUACGUACAGCGAACCGGACCUAACAAGGUCCGCCACCCUCAACGUUGGUUCCUCUUCUGCCCGUUGGGGGCAGGAACAACCUCUUAUAAGGGGAAGCAGUAUCCAAUCACAGAGAAGCGCGCCUAACAAGCUGAUAGGCUAGCGUCACGGGUAACUGGGCAGAUAUGACAAUUUGGCGGGCUUGUUCAGGCCGGGAAGAACCCGGAAGCAGGAAAUGGGCGCCAUCAUAGGCGGCUUCCCACAUCUCCCCCUUUUUUAUUUAUUAAAAUAGGAUGGUCUGUGGGUCCCUCCAAGGUGUCUAUGACGUUGUUGCUGUUAAACACCUAGGAGUGGGCCUACCUUGUAGGCCGAGGCAUGAGAGAAUGUAGAGGUCUAUACCCUGCUGUGCAUCACCCUGUUUUGUGCAUAUCCUUGCGCCAGGACCAUGCUCAAGGUGAGUGGUUCAUUUUUUUGCAGGGCCAGGCUUUUGUGAACCGAACCUGGAUGCAUAUAGACAUUCAUUCCUGCCUUCCCCCCAACCUUUGGGGCGGAUGGCACUGCAGUACCCUUGGUCUCGCAUCUCAAUGCCAAUAAUUUGACUCCAGAGGGGACCCCUGGCCUUAUAGGCCAUGUAUAUCUGAGUGGAGCCUGUCUUAGGUUGACCGGGAGGGCUUUUCCCGUCUUACCCGUCAUUGGCUUGCCCACUCAGCUCUUAUAGCUGAUGUUCUGCAAUGUGAAGGAGAUAUGCGGCGGCCUGCUGGCCUGAUGGGCCACCUGCUGCCAUUUGCAUGGCUGCCAUAGCUGUGACCUUGACCUGUUGCUGGGUUUGCAUGAGGCGAUCUAACAAGCAUUUAAUAACCACAAGCCCCACUAGGAUGGCCACGGCAAUCAGGAUCCAAGUAGUCAGGUUGGGCCAGGAGAACCAGGAGGUGACGCGUUCCCACAAACUGGCUAUAACACUGCCUAAAGUUGAUAAAUUGAACCUGACUGGACCUAGUUGGAUACCGUCCAUAUUGUCAAGUUCCUGACCGACUAUGAGGGACAAAUUGUGAAACUUAGGUAGGUGUCUUGCAGCCAAGCUGUCAUAUUUUUAACAGUGUUGGUCAAAUUUGUGCGAACAGGGGUGAUUAAUAGGAACCCACAGAAUAGAAAAGACUCCAAACCAGACAUUUUAGUUUGUAGAUGGUCUCGGGCGCUGAGCGUCGGUCCCAGAAGGGUCGAGUCAAUCUUUCCGGGACCCACAGCGGUUCGUGACCUGGUUCCUGUGGGAAGACACAAACCGCACCUCGGGUCCAGCUAACCACUGGAUCCGGGCCCAUCCAUUGUCCUGUAAGGACAUCUUUCCAUCUCACCAGCCCUUAAAAAAUUUAUGGUAAAGAGUGCCAAUGAUAUUCUUCCUUUGGGCGUUAGGCCAUGGCCACCCAAUUCACGGCACAGGCGUGUCCACUCUUCUAAGGACCUAUUUUUGUUAGUUCUUAGGACAUCACGGCACUCCUUAGUGCACUGUUCAAAAAUCAAUUGUUUUAUGAGAAGGUGGGCCGCCUCAGCAUCUGGAAAAAUCCUGUUAGCGGCCUCAAGCAUGCGGGCCACAAAGUCUGAAAAUGGCUCUCCCUGCCCUUGUAUAAUUUUUGUAAGGUGACCCGUAUGUUCUCCCUUUCCAGCCAGCCGUCUCCAGGCCUGGAGGCCACAGCGGCUAAUUUGUUCAUAAACCUGGUGAGGGUAUUGAGUUUGAUCUUCCUCAAAGGCUCCUCGCCCUAAUAGCAUAUCCCUGUUCCACUCUCUCUGGUUAUUUUCCCUGUUGGCUGCCGCCUGCUCUACACAGAAUUCCUCAUUCCAGGACUUCCAAUCUAAAUAUUGUCCGGGGGAGAGGCAGGCGCGUGCCAGCUGGGUCCAAUCUCCAGGAGUUAAAAGCAGACCUGCCAAUGCCUCUAAAAGCGCCAUGGUAAAUGGCGCAUUGGGCCCAUAAGCUGAAACUGCGUCCUUGAUAGUUUUAAGUUGUUUAAUUUCUAAGGGCUCAUAAUAUCCUCCUCCUCCCCUGCCUCCUACUUGUACCGGGAAUGCAUGGAGACCGGAACACUCAAAGGGAAGCCGCGACCAUACCCUCUGGUGGAAGGAACGUCCUCCUCCCUCCCCAGAUGGGGGCGCAGAAGGCAACCCAGGAAGUAGCUCUCCCUCUAACCAGGGCGGUGCCAUAGGUUGUGGUGGCAGCCCAGGGAGCAACUCCUCUUCCGGCCACGGCGGUGCAGUGGGGCCUGGCGCCCUGAAGGGGGUGAUCGUGGGUCGCGAACUUGCCAAAGGGCGGAAGGGCUUAAGCUCCUCCCGUAAGGCGGAGUAGCUCGGGCAGGGUGGUGUUUGGUUCCCCUUUUUAUCUUCCGGAGCCCUAAGUUCCUCUUUUAACGGUGUAGGAGGGUCAUGCUUAGCAAAGACGACCUCCUCUUCUGAGCCUUCCGAAUCCGAAUCAGAAUCGGAGCCCUUGUGUUUCUCUGGAGGCCCAAAGUCAGGUGUAACUUCGGGCUCCUCCGAGCACUCGGAUCGAGCUUUGUCAAGAGGCUGUCGGGCUGAGCAAAGCCCGGGGGUUUGUUCGUCCGUCAGACAAGCCCUAAUCAGUUCCCACAGGGGUAAAACCAUGGGAUCCAAGCGUCCCUCUUCUCGGGCGCAUCUAAGAACCCCUCCUAACUUCUCCCAUGACGGGAGGGUUAGAGAGCCCGUGGGCCAAAACCAGGGGGCAAUCUCAUUAACACUAUCCAGAAACCUCGAAAGGGUGACCCGGUUUAUGUAGAUGCCUCGGGUCCGCAGCAGGACUCUUAGGGAGUCAGCGAGGGGUUUGCGAGCAGCGUUGCCCACAAUGGCGAAGCGAAAGCGAAACAAAUGCAAGGGAAAAAAAAAAAAAGACCGGCGUCCACCCGUGUGGCGCUCAAAAUCUGUUAGGUGCGUCCACCCAACCCAGGCGAUCCAGUACUCACCUGUCCCGGGAACCGCUGUAUCUCACGUAGCUGAUCAGGGUGAAGAGAAGAGGCGCUCGGGGCCUUCCGUUGUUAUUGGGCCAGGUCCUCCGUCGUACCGCAGGCGACAGCAAUCGCACCUCCCGGCCGAAGAGGCACGUCGCUGAGUCUUUUAUUCCCCGUACGGGCGGCCACCAGAUGACCGGAGCCGCGGGAGACAGGAGGCCAGACUCGAGCAGGAUCAGCUCUCAAACUUUAUUACGUACAGCGAACCGGACCUAACAAGGUCCGCCACCCUCAACGUUGGUUCCUCUUCUGCCCGUUGGGGGCAGGAACAACCUCUUAUAAGGGGAAGCAGUAUCCAAUCACAGAGAAGCGCGUCUAACAAGCUGAUAGGCUAGCGUCACGGGUAACUGGGCAGACAUGACAAUUUGGCGGGCUUGUUCAGGCCGGGAAGAACCCGGAAGCAGGAAAUGGGCGCCAUCAUAGGCGGCUUCCCACAGUAGGCCCCGUCAGCCUCUUCAUGAGCACUGUCAUCUGCUGUCCUGCCUGUCACGUCUGCCCACAAUGAUUCCCAGAGACCAUGUGUGAGCAGGCAGGCAGGCGGGAGAGCCAGGUUCCACACUGUGGGCUGGGAUCAAGCCUCAAAAAAGAGGCUAUGGCUUUCCAGGGCAUAAAAGAUUACAUUUCAGAGCUGAAGCACCUACCCCAGAACGUUAGAUGCUAUCUCAGAUUGCGUUGUGCGGAUUACUGUUUCUGCAUACCCUCCUCUCUGCACACUGCAGAGGUGACCUCAGGCCUCCUGCCUGUUCUCCCAGUCACCCAUCCUCCAGCCACUCCCUGCUCCAUAAAUUAAUAAACCCCAGGUUUGGCCCUGGCUCACAGCCUUUGUUCCACCAAGAUUGGUUUAGGACAGUCAGCCAGCCUCAGAGUCGGAUGAGGGAGCGUGCAGAGGGCAUCUGCACAGGGCUUCCUCUGCAGGCUCCUGUGUGAAUGUUCUCUGGCCUCACGGCGCGCCAAUACUUUAUCUCCACUGCCAAGUGUUGCUGCCAGGAGGCCCUGUUCGGUGUGUUCCUGUUGCGCAGUGCGUUCUGGGCCUGGCCGCAGAUGGCAGCUCCAGGAUCGCCGUCUGGGAGCAGAUGCUGGCUUGCUUUGACUCUUUUUGGUCAGUAUCCUUGUCUUUGUGUGUCAGUCAUUUUUCUUUCUUCUGUGAGCCUCCGAUGGGUGUUCUGUUUGUCCUCCUGGUCACCUCUGAAACCUGGGUCGCAUUCCUGCCAGGACAGCCCCUCUGGCUUCUGUCAGUAAGCAGACAGACAGGGCUGGAGUGUGAGCGUCUAUUCUGAGCUAUGUUUAGUCAGUGCAGGGAAACUGAGCCUGCUGUCCUGGUGGUCAUCUGCGCCCGUUUACCAUCAGCUGGUUUACUGUCAAUCCUCCACUCUCCAGGGGGCCGAUGUAUUUUUACUUCUGGGGUUCUUAACCUCUGGGGGUAGAAAUCAGCUGUAUUUCAGUUUCCUAUAUAGCCUCUCUUAAAGUUAGCCAACAUACAUUUUAAAGGGGUGGUUUUUAAGUUUUAUUCCUGUAUCUACUCUGUUGUGAUGCAGACCAGUUUCUUAAGCACUUUUUUAAAAUGUCAAUUUGAUCUUUUUCCUUGCCCAAAGCAGUUUUUAGAAUAAACAACCUGAACUCCCCUAAAUUAACAAGGAAACCACAUGCAUGCUUUAUUUAAUAAGCUCCUUCCGUAAACUUUCCUCAGUGUGCAUAAGCUUUUUGGUCUUGGCUUCAUCUCAUUUUGUAUCUAUUUAGCACAACAAGACUUUUACAUAUCAUCUCAUAUCAAAAGUAUUUAUACUCUUAUAUUUAUAACUUUCUUAGUUUUUGUCUUUCUACUGUAUUAUAAUAAAUUUGACUGGAAUUUUGCUGGAA